ACUCACGAGUCAUUCUGCAAGCAAUCACGCAAUUCCACCACCUCCGCCGAAGAGUUGACUACACUUCGAACCGUCAAUCCCUCGACAGAGAUAAAAGAGAGGAGAGGCCUCUUGGACUUCGACUCAACACCGAAUCCACGAGCCUCGGCAUUUGCUGUCAUCGAAUACCGACUAACAUCCGUGUCCGUUGACUCACUUGUCCCCACCGCCUUGGUCACUCCACAAGGCCCCGUGUUCCUAAUCAACGACAACUCCCGCUCUCAUCCCAAUAAGAGCUACGUCUUUCUCCCUUGCCUCGACUUGAACAACGCUGGUCAACCAACUCGUUUUUGCACACGCCCGUCAACGCUCGAAUGCUGCUGUAGCCAUUACUUUUUGCCGAUCCCGGUAGUCAACUUGCUUGCAAGCCGUUGCAAUCACACUUGGACGACGACCACCUUCGGCCAUCAACCACCGCCUCAAUCCGGCCUUCGUGCCAUCCAGAGUUAG